AUGGCGUGCUUUGAAAGCCUUCCAAUCGAGCUCUUACAUCUCAUUUUGUCGUUUCUUGUCCAACCCGAAGAUGAUCUCGACCCACUGAGUGGAGAUCAAACCACGAAAGCCGAAGAUGGCCAUAAAAAGAAAUUGGAUGACGACGAAUAUGAAGAUGACGAAUAUGACGGAAUUGAGACUUUGUGCAAUGUUUGCCUAGUUUCGCGGCAGUUCCGUGAUGUCGCCCAACCUUUACUCUUCCGUGAGCUUUCUGAUGAUAGCAUAGGGGGUAAUCUAGCGCUAAGCAUCCCAUUCACCAAAACAAUCUAUCAACGCCCAGACCUCGGAAAACAUGUUCAUCAAAUCACCAUCCUGCCUUUCUCAAUCUUCCCAGUUGGUCCCAAUUCUCUAAAGGCAGCUGAAUCUGAGUUCUUCAAAGGCAUAAUUAAGGACCUUCAAUUGGCCGAUGAGGAGGAAACAUGGAUUUCAGCUAUGAACAACUGCGACAUCAACAUCUUCAUAGCAUUGCUAGCCAACAAGGCCCCCAAUCUUCGCGGGAUACAUCUGCCAGUUCCCGAAUUCUCAAUCCAGCCAUUCAUCCAGCUUUUCCAUCGCAAUCCAGAAUUUUUGUCGAACCUUGAGUCUGUCUGGAUUGAAAGCGAUGAUGAGCUUUCCGGCUUCGAUAUUGCUUCCUACGAGAAAUUCCUCACCCUUCCCAAGGUCAAGUUUUCGACCUUUGAGUUCGGUGAUCUCUUCGACGCAUCGUUUCCACCUACCUGGCUGCCUGGAACAUUAGAGACCGAAGAACUCGCCUUCCACCACUGCCACAUCGAUGCUGGCGCUCUCAAAAAGUUAAUGCAAGCCUGCAAGAAGCUUAAAACCUUUAUCUACACAAAUUUCAGUUUGUACCCUAAGGACAGACGACGCAUGCGCUCGGGAACCGCCCCCGAGUUUAACGCCAAGGAGGCUCACGAAGCCGCCCUCCUACAUAAGGACACCCUUGAGCUCUUCCUUCUCGAGUACGCAAUGGAACUGCCGGGCGUUGACGAUAUCGAGCAACUCCUCCCCAGCCGCGCCAAGGUUGGCUCAUUCCGUGAUUUCUCCGCGCUCGAGAAAAUCUUCAUCCCACACGCUUGUCUUCCACCACACCCUCAAUUCUCCAGUUCGCUAGAGACACUGCAUAUCACGGACUGUAAAUCGUCUAUCCGGGAGUUGACUCAGAACAUCGCGACAGAUUGUAAAAAUGGUCUUUAUCCGAAGUUGACUGAUGUCAAGGUAUUCGCAAUCGACAUCACACAGCCCAUCAAGCUUCCUGGGCAACAUGUCCCAGAAGGGAAAACGCCAGAGCAAUGUUUCCUUGACCUGAAGGAGAUGUUCAAAGGAACCGAUGUGAAUUUCCGGAUCUUGCCGUAUGCAUUACCUGAGUUUAAGGAUUACGGUAGUCUCGACGACGAUUAUGAUGAAGAGUACGGCUAUGAUGAAGAUUUCGGCUAUGAUGAUGAUUCCAGCUUUGAGGAAGAUUUCAUAACACCGUUCGAAGAACUCGCACUAGGAGCGGAUCCCAGCAUGAGUUCAAUAUCACCACAUUUCCUUAUGAGGCAGGCUAUGAUUGAUCCUGAGCUUGCACAGCUUUAUGCCGAUGCGGAUAGUGAUGAUGAUUCUUGGGAAACUGAGGACAGCGAUUGA